CCGAGCUCGGUAGUUUCCGUAAGUUCAAAGGUCAAGGUUGAUAAAAUUCAAAACAAAACUGUUUUUUUGCCUUUGAUUGAUUAUAUGAAAUAUAGACUAUAUUUAUGGAAGGAAUAGAAUGAAUAGGCUGUCAAACUAGCAUAAUCAAUAUGGCGGAGAGAGAUCCAUAUUUGGGAAACCAUAAUGGUUCCUCUGAGGAAUCAUUCAAUGUAACAGUCGGGGAUAACUCUAUGAUGUCAUCAGUUGUCACGAGUCUUGAUCAGUUAGACUAUGAAGACAGUAUGACCAUGCAAGAGGACAUUACCCAUAAUGCCCCAGGAAGUCCAUCUAGACGUGCACAGGCUGAGAUGCUAGAACGUCUAACAAAUGAAAAUCGACAAAUGCGCCUUGAGUUGAAACAGCUUCAUGCUGACUAUCAGACUGAACAAGAUACUGUAGCUAAACUGAGAAGUAAGAUGACGGCUGCUGACAAGGAUCGCUUUAAAGCUGUCAGUGAGAGCAAUGAAGAAGUGGGCAAUCUACAGGGUGAAUUGACUAGAUUACGAGCACAGCUUGAAAAAGGUGAAGCAACUCGACAUGAGCUUGAUUAUGAACUUACAAAAGUUCGUCGUGAAUUAAAUAAUGAACGUCGCCAAAUGUCAGACAAAGAAGGUGUUAUGACUGAUGUGAAUGAACAUAUGAAGCAGCAAAUCUUAAGUUUGACGUCACAGCUGACUGAACUGACCAAUGAGCUUCAAACAUUCAAAUCUUUAAGCGAUAGUGAGAAGAGACACUUGGCUGGCUCAGUUGCCGACAAGGAUCAGGUGAUAGCAAGAUUUCAAACAGAGACAGAAAUCUUGCGGAAUGAGAAGGACCAACUUGAAGUGAUGAUGCAAACAAAAGAAAUAACACUUGAGGAGCAAGACUCUAAGAUUCAGGAGCUGGAGGAGGAACAGAAGAAGUCAUUGGAGAAACUACGUCAACAUCUAAAUGAGCUGGAAUUCGCCAAGGAAAAGGAGGAGAGGCUGAGAAAGGAGCUUGACAUAAUUCAAAACAAACUAAAAACCACAGAGGAAAGCAUAGAGGCAGAACGGGCUGCUCACCUGGAGUCAAAAUUCAACUCUGAGAUUGUCCAACUGAGAGUAAGGGACUUAGAAGAGGGCAUCCAGAGUGAGAAAGUGACCAAGUCAGACCUGACUGAUCAGAUUGAAAGGCUUAACUCACAAAUGCAGGACCUUGAGAGGGCAUAUCAGGAGGAGAGGAAGAUGAACAAACAUGGAAGAGACACCCUUGAUAAGUUGGAGAAAGAAUAUGAAAACACACGAGCCAAACUAAGUGCUGAAAUUGAUGACAAAGUGAAGGUCAUUAAUGCAAUGUCUGAACAGCUUGAUAUUCACCAAGAGAACUUUGACAAGCUGAAACAAGAAUUGAAUAAGGCUAAGAAACGCCAGGUUUAUUUAGAAGAAACAUAUGGAGGCAGUAUGAGAGAACUGGAAUUUCUGUUACAGAAUUUUAAUGUAGAUUCCAAACAAAAGAAAAAGAAAAAAGAUGGGGAUACAGCUACACCGGUGACGCCAUCUGUUGUGCUUGAAAAUCUUCGACGUACACUGACUGGGUACAAGAAAAGGUUGGAGGGAGCAGGAGAAGAAAUCAAAAAUGUGAAAACAUCUAGCAGCCAUCUUGGGAAAGAGAUUGAGUCAUACAAAGAUAUGAUAUGGGCCAAGGAUAAAGCUUUACAGGAGACGCAAGAAAGCUUGGGCAAAACAAGCAAGGAAGUAAGUCGACUGAGAAAUGAGUGCACUGAGCUUGAAGCUAACUUGGCGGCACAAAAGGUUCAACUGCAGACGUCUCAACAAGAAUGUGACAAAGAGAGACACAGGUGCCAGGAGCUUAAUGAAGAGAUCAUGAAACUGGCCAAGAGAUACAAAACUGAUGAAGAAGGGCGUCUGAGCUUUCUACAUAAGAUUUAUCAGAAAUUAUUGAACCGUCAAACCCAGCCGCCAUCUAUUGGUGGUUAUGAUACAUUCAAAUGGAUGGACUUGAGUAACCUGGUGAAUGAACAAGUCAUUUCAUUCCUUGGCUUGUUACAACGCACUGAAGAAAAGGUGACACAUCUGGAGGCCAUCAUCUCUAGUAAAGAGGAAACCAUUGACCAACUGCAGAUUGCACAUGAGGAUCAAAUGGACAAGUUAGCUGUAAUGACGCGUGAACGUGAGGAAGAACGCAAGCGUGAGAAACAGGAACUAGAAGAACAUUAUGGGAAAUUAGUUGGAGAAAUUCAAAGUCGCUCAAAGAAAACUCAAGCAAUGGCUGAUCAGGCCUGGGAGAAGGUCCGGAUGACAGGGUCAGUACAGCAUGGCCUUGAGCAGGAGUGUGUUCAAAUGAGGGAACAGCUUCACCAAUACCAGAGUCAUACUUCCUCCCUACUUAGUGCUUGUGCGAUACUCAGUGGUGCUUUACAUGUAUCCAACACCAAAAUCCAUUCAUUAUCAAGCCAAAGGAAAAUCCUUCAAAAUUUAGUGAACAAUUACGAACGUUUUAAAUCUAAAGUUUGUAAUCUUAUCAACACAAUUCAAGUUGAAAUGGAUUCUGAUGGUAGAGAACCUAAUCGAGAACAACGUCCAAAAAAAGCAGGGCUUCUGAGAUUUAGAGUGGCGGCCAUUGCGGUAAUUGCGGCAAAUCGGCUCAAUUAUUUGAAAUCAUUCAGCCAUAAGUUCUUGCCAGGAAGUGGAGGGAGUAUCGCAUUGACACACAGUGUUAUGAGGAAAGCCCAGAAAUUUAAAGGCAUUGGUCGAUCAUCAAUGUAUGAUACUCCUCGAGACCCUGUCUCAAUUCAUGAUAAUGAAAUCCAUAUGUGGCUACAAGACCAGAAACUACUUGAAGGAAUCGUAUCCUCCAUGGAUGAAACCCAACACGUUUUAUUACAAAAACAACAUGGGGAUAAUAACCUGACAUACACAGUGAAAACAUCUUACUCAAAACUCUUGGGAAUUUUAGAGAGUUGUUAUAAAGGUCAUGACACACCUCAAAUAGAUUUAUAUGACAUGACCACCCCAAUAGCAUAUUUAGGACAGGGUUUGAUGAGGAAGUUGCCCAAUGUGCCAGUAGAGAGAAAAUUAACACUUCUAUCUUCACAGCAAGCACUGACCACCCUACAGCACUACAUCAUAGACUUCACUCAGAGGCUUCAUAACGCAGAGACCCAACGUCGUGGUAUGAAGUCAGAACUGAAGUCUCUCAAGCAGAACAUCAAUUCUUUGAACCAUGAGCAACAAAAAUUGAAGAGUAUGGAGCAAGAUGUGGAAAAUCUCAGGAAUAUGAAUGCCCAGAUGAUUGACCUCAGUAAGUUUGAGGGUGUCUGUAAAGAACUGGACAAUGCCCUCAAACGAGAACAACAAGCUCAACAGCUGCUCAAUGAACAAAGCCAACAGCUGCAGGAGUUCACUGUAAGGCUAGAGAUGUACAACAGCGAAGGAGCCCAGAAGCAACAGAGUCUAACUGCUACUGAACAUGAUUUAACAGAAACACGGUCAGAACUAAGAAGGAAAGAGCAGACUUUGCGCCAGUUAAACAAGACUGUGGCUCAACUUGAAACUGACAAAGAAAUACUUGAUGAAAAAGUUUAUGAUGCUGAAACUGCGCUCCGUACAGUUGCUAAGGAUAAGGACGUUCUUGCGGGUUACGUGAAAAAUGUAGAAAUGGCUCUAUCUAAAAGUAAACAAGAGAUGGCGCUCUCCAAUACUUUAGACAUAGGAGCCCUAGCUCCACUGUUAAAUACAGAACUAGCUCCCCCCGGUAGCAACUCUGGGAAAUGGGCAGCUGAAUUGGCAGCCUGCCAAAGUCUUGUAGCCACAUUUAUUGACACCUACCAGCAGGCUCUGUCAAGGGUGACGUCGCUAGAACAACAACUGGAUAGCCAUAAAAGGCACAUUGAGACGCUGAAGGAUGAACUCAGUGCAGCAUGUAGACGUGAAUACCAAGAGGAUGAUUUGGUGUACAGCCAGAGAUCCAGACCUACCAGAGACAGAUAUGACCAGAAGGACUCCUUCCAUCCUUUAAUGGAAGAUACAGAAGCUUCAUCAUAUUCACUCCUCCGUCCAGCCAGUCCCAGGUCAAGGUCACUAGCCAGUAGGUCACCCCCAUUGAAAGAGAACAGGUCGCCUCUCUUCCAUACUCCAGCACGGUCAAUACGAACUAUGAGCACAAGGUCAAGGCCAUAUACUGGGAUGAGCCCCAGGUGAAAGUAAACCAUCUUUAGACCAAUCAACCACAUGAUGCAGUUCCGAUAUUAUAUGGAUUUCUCAAGAACCAAACUGAACAUUUACAAUCUGAGAAUCAGUAGUUAACUGUUACAUGGUAUCUCCCAUGUAGUUGUAUUCUUAGUGCCAAUACUGCUUCCAGUAAAGUCUAUUAGAUUUAGAGACUUCAACAGAGAUUUGGCAGCCUGGAUAUUUAUGAAUGAACAUGGAAUGUACAAAAUGUUUAUUGUAUUUUGAAAAAACACAGUAGUGUUAAUGUAGCAUAUGCAGUACAAGAGGAAUUACUGCAUCCUUGUAUUUCUCAGGAAUUCUUCAAAGUUCUCAUUGUUGAUGUUCUUUGAUAUCUGAAUAUCAAAAUCCAGAACUGUUGAUAUAAUGCAAUGAUGAUUAUUCUAAAUAACUGGAUACAGUAACCAAUUGCUCCAAUGCUGGGACUUUCCCUGGGGUAUUGUCCCUGAGAAUAAAACUAAUGAAAUGCAUUUCUACAAAGUAAUUGAUCACCUUAUCACUCUUGUUAAUGAAAAAAUAUGGUACAAUAAAAAAGUAUUUCACAUUUUUUUAGUUAAAUAAAACAACAUUAAAUCACAUUCACAGUAAAUAUAUGCGUUUAUUGUAUAAUUUAUACGAGAUAGCAUCACAAUAAGAGAUGUAUGUUGUAACAUAAGAGACACUCCUGCCUGCUGUAAGUCCAGUGGUCUCCCCAGCAUUAAAGC